AUGUUUACAAUCACGCGAGACAAAGAGCGCGCCGCUGGCAUGCACGCCACCUCAACGACACGAGGGCGCGACAGGACAACCCACGCCCCGGGUCCGCGUUCUCCUACCCGCACACGUGCGCGCACGUUUGACAGUUCAGUUAGCCGCACCCAGCUCAGAGCCCCAAGAAAGUUUCGUGGCACUUGGAUUCAGGGCGAGGGUUCAGGCAGGCGGUUGGGGGGGCACCCACCACCGAUGCGUUAUCAAAAUGGCGGGCGGAUGCAGCGCUACGUGGUCCACACUGGCACCGUAAAUCAUCACACUUUUAUUUCCUGCCGCGGCACGGCGUGCAUGUGGACCGGAACCUACCACAGCGGUCGUGCUGGCCAGCGGCCAAAUGCUCGCCUGUGGGAACGUAUUCAGCCUGUCCGGUUAUGGGGACCGCAAGACAGCGCACACGAGCCACACGUACAUGGAACAGGUGCACUGAACACGCGGAGGAAGAAGCGCUCCACGUUGAGGUUGCCAAGAUCAAAAGAAGAGGGCGCGGAACGGAGGAAGGAGCGUGGGAAGAACGAUUCUUUAGUGCGUGAACAGACAUUUAACAACGGGGCGGCCUUUGCUGGAUUCUCUCGGACACAGAGGGGGCACAUGUACUAUUUAUACAUGGGAAAUUAUGGUGAAGUCACCAUCUGUUAG